AUGUCCGCCACCUUCAUUGGAAACUCCAGCGCCAUCCAGGAGCUCUUCAAGCGCAUCUCGGAGCAGUUCACGGCCAUGUUCCGCCGCACGGCAUUCCUCCACUGGUACACCGGGGAAGGGAUGGACGAGAUGGAGCUCACGGAGGCCGAGUCCAACUUGAACGACCUGGUCCUGGAGUACCAGCAGUACUAGGACGCCACCGCUGAGGAGGAGGGGGAGUUUGCGGAGGAGGAGGGGGCCUAUGAAGGAGAGGAAGACACACCAGGCUCGAGAGACUUUAGACAGCUUUAUUGGACCACCCCACCCCUUGGUUUCUUCCCUUGUUGGUUCUCCUUCUGACGUUCUCACCAGGUUCUUCUGGCUCCUAAGUUCUCACCAUCACGUCCAAGCUUCUUCUUUCUCCACCUUGAUUCCAAGUUCUCAGCAAGUGCCUUCCAAGUUCUCACCAUCAUCACGUCCAGCUUCCUUCCAAGCUUUGUCGUCCUCUCCACCUGGAAUCCAAGCUUUCACCAUCCCAAGCUGCUUCUCCACCUUGAAUCCAAGCUUUCACCAUCACGUCCAGCUUCCUUUGAAGCUUCUUCUUUUGCUCCAUGUGGAUUCCAAGUUCUCACCAAGCUUCCAGGUUCUUCUGGCUUCCCAAGCUCUCACCAUCACAUCCAGCUUCCUUCCAAGCUUCCCAGUUCUUCUGGCCUCCCAAGUUCUCACCUCAUCACCUUCAAGCUCCUUCCAGCUUCUUCCUCUCCAUCUGGCAUCCAGCUUGCUUCCCUGUUGGUCCUGGGAUUCCAGCUCAUCUUCUCCACCGUGGCUCCACAUUCUUCCAUCACAUCCAGGUUGCUUCCAAGCUUCCAGCUUCUUCCUCUCCACCUGGCCUCCACCUUCCUUCCCCGUUGACUCCAAGCUUCCACGUUCCUCCUUCUUCACCUUGCCUCCCAAGUUUUCACCAGGUCAAAUCUGAGCCUCUGGAAAUUCAACUCUUUCCACGUCACGAGUCUCCAGCUUCUCCAACGUGGUCUCCAGGCUCUCCUUGAUAUUUGGCCUCCUCGGUCUUCUCGAAGAUCUGACCUCCCCAAUCCACGGUUUUCUCUAGGCUUGAGGGCAUCUCUCCAUGGUUCUACCAUGCCACCUCUGGCAGAUCUCCUGGAUGUCUCUCCAUCUCAGGUUCCUCCUGCAAGUCCAAUGGUGGACACGAAUGAUGGAAGCCCAAAGAUGCACCACGAAUGUUGGAAUCCACGAAGAAUGGACGUCCAACGAUGGACCACGAAGGAUGGAAGAUAAAAGAUGGACCACGGAUGAUGGAAACCAGUGAUGGGCUACGAAGAAUGGAUGUCCAACGAUGGACCCCCUCAGACGUCACCUCUGGAUUCCUCUUCCUCUUUCCCAGAAGGCACCUCUACAUUCUUCCUCAUUUCUUAGAAGGUCACCUCUACCCUUGUUCCUCCAUGGUUCCUCUCUCCCUCGCUUCUCUGUGGUUGUGAUGUCAUCUGCCGUUGCCGCCGGCGUUGUCUGGGCGGCCAUUAAAAAUCCUCUUUUCAACCCUC